UAUAUUUUUUAUUUAUCACGAAAUAUAAUAUUUAAGCGACUAUAAGUCUAAGGGAUAUCUACAGACAUUAAUAAGCACUGUCAAGAACAAUGUUGAGUCGCGUAUUAUUCGGAACCAUAUUAUUUGUAUAAAUACAAAUAUAAACGAAAGCUAUAUGUGCAUUUUUCAAGAAAGUGAAGAAAGCCAAAGGCAUGAAUAAUAAAUUAGGAAAAAAAUCCAGUCGGUCGGUUGCAUCGCGGAGGGGUUGCUUUGAGUAAUACAGGUAAUUGUACGUGUAACAAAUCAAAUAUUGAACGAUGCAGAAGAAGAACGUGGUAUAUGUGUUUCAAAGAACGACAGUUGCUUUCGGGUAAGAACUAUUUCAAGACACACUUGGAAGAUUAAUAGUGUAACCGUCUGUGGGUAAAAUAAUAAGUAUCUUACGCCAGUGAAAAAUUUUCCAGUGCUCGAUAAUGCGAUCAAGUACGAAUUGGAAUAGUGAUACUACAAAUAGUUUAAAAUUUCAUAAAAAUUUUCUUGGCAUUAUUGGACUCUGGGUACUAGAUGAAAAAAAUGUAUUCUCGAAAAUUCGAUGGUUUUUAUCAACAGCAGUAGAAUUGAGUACAUUGGUCACCAUGUCUGUAGAACUGAUCCUACACUGUAAGGGUCCAGAGGACGCCAUGGAUGCAUUUUUAUUGUGCUCAUCGUCAUUAGUUAGCAUGGUAAAAUUACUUUUGCAUCGUGUAUAUUGGAGGCAAAAAUUUAUUUUGGUGGAAUCAGUCAUCCAUGAUUGGACUUACGUGAAAAGUUCUCACUCUCGCGAUAUCAUGCUGAAAUAUGCACGCAUAGGUAGACUAGGGUCCUCGAUAUUCUUCUAUUUCUGUUGUGCCUCCAUCAUGUCCAGGAUUCCGGCUGUCGUGCUCGCCAAUAUCAAUUUGCCUUGGAAUUCUGAAAAGCAGUAUUUCAAUGAAACAUACGAACGAAAACUGGUAUUAGCGGCCUAUUGCGUAUUUGGAAAGUAUACAUCUUCUAUUACUUACGGCGCCAUUGAAGUUUUGCAGUUCGUACAGGUCGUCGUUAAUGGCAUUUCGCAGUGCGGGAACGAUGGAUUCUUCUUCGAUCUCACGAUGCACAUGUGUGGACAAUUCGCAAUUCUCAGGAUGAACUUCACUGAAUUGGAUUGCGAAGAAUUUUCCUGCCGCAGGAAACUCCAUGUCUUAUUGAAGAGACAUUAUCACCUUAUAUAUUUGUCACAUUAUUUAGAGAGAGCUUUUGCUCUGGUCAUCUUAGCGCAAGUUUUAAUGAGUGUCCUUGUCCUGUGUGUUGAAGGUUUUCUGUUAAUUCUUUCACUUGAAAUGAACGAUACCUUUACCGCCGCAAAACAUAGCCUCUUUGUUUUCGCACUGCUAUUGCAACUGUUUAUCUACUGCUUCGCUGGAGACAUAUUGGAAUUUCAAUCGAAAGGAUUGGCCUAUGCAAUUUAUAAAUCACCGUGGUACACUUUUGACAUACGCACAAUGAAAAAUUUACCAUUAAUAAUUCUCCGAGCAACCUAUCCCCAGCAGUUAACUGCAGGAAAAUUUGUAGCAAUAAAUUUAAGGACUUUCAAAGAAAUUCUGAAGGCUUCCGCCUCGUAUUUAUCAGUAUUACGAGUAAUGAUUAAAGCGUGAGUAGAAAUUCUUUUAGUGAAGAAAAUAAAAAGUCAGUAGUCUAGUUAUUUCUUUUAUAAAUUACUUUAUCAAAUUCAUUCAUUACCAAUUAUUUAGUUAAUUCUUUUAUAAAUAAUUUCAACUACGUUUCUUGAGCUAAUGGUUUUUAAAAAUUUGUAAUUAAAUAACAAACGCUUUUCUGUAAGUAGUAAUGAA